AUGUCAUUUUCAUCAUCCAACACCACUCAGCAGCUCCUGGGCAACCAAGAUGCCAGCAGCAUAUUGACCCUGUACAUCUCCUCUCUGGUGGCCGGCUUCCUAUUCUCCGUGUCCAUAUAUAUGAACAGGGACCCCUAUCCUCAACUCCCCAGAAUUGGGCCCAAGGGCCUCGCCAGGCUCACGUGGUUGACCCAAAAGUUGGACUUCAUUCUCAACGCCAAGGAACGGCUUAUGAAAGGAUCUAAACAAUAUCCCGACCGCCCUUACAAAAUCUUUACUGAUAUGGGCGACGUGGUCGUAGUCCCGCCCAGCUAUAUGGAAGAGCUGAAGAUGGUGCCGACUUUGGAUUUCAUGGCUGCUGGUGGAGAUGACAUGCACUCGUAUAUCCCUGGCUUCCAUGUGUUUGACCUGGAGCCUCAAUUUAUGAAAGCGCUUGUCAAGAAUUUGACCAAAGUCCCAGGAAAAUAUGAAUUCUCACACGACGACGUGAGCCUUCUCGUCACCCGUAUGGAUUCGUGUGUGUUUUUAGGCGAAGAGCUUUCCAAAGACCCGGCUUGGUAUAAAGCUGCAGCCGACUUUAUCCACGCCGCUUUCGCCACCGCCUAUUUUAUUGGGCUUUUCCCCCGGAACCUUAGGUGGUAUAUCAGUUGGUUUUUCCCGCCAACAUACCUCGUUCGCCAAAGGUUGAAUAAAUGCAAAGCGGUCCUCCAAUCAUACCUUGACAAGCGCACCGCCGUUAAAGCGGCCGCUGCUGCCAGGGGCGAACCGUGUCCGUACAACGGUGCAGUCGAAUGGUUCGAAAAAGAAUGUUCCCCGGACCAUAAUCCGGCCUAUUAUCAAAUCGCACUCAACUUCGUCGCAGUGCACACGACUUCGGAUCUCCUUUUCCAAACGCUGAUCGAUAUCGCGCAACACCCCGAAGUUAUUGACCCGUUGCGUAAAGAACUGAUGGAAGUGUUACGUUCCGACGGAUUAACCAAGGUGGGAUUACAAAAAUUAAAACUUAUGGAUAGCUGUCUCAAGGAAUCACAAAGGCGCCGGCCGGUAGCUACGGCAUUUUUCCGUCGCCUGGCCAUGAGCGACAUCAAACUCUCCAACGGCUUGGUAAUUAAGAAAGGGACUAAAAUCGUGGCGGACGCCGGCUGCAUGCAGAACCCGUCGCUGUGGGAAAAUCCUACCGAGUGGGACCCCUACAGGUUCUUACGGAUGCGCUCGGUUCCAGGCCAGGAGACCAGCGCCAACCUGGUGACGGCGACCCAGGCUCAUUUCGGUUUCGGCUACGGGCUCCACGUCUGCCCGGGGCGGUUCUUCGCAGCCAGCACUCUCAAGGUCGCCCUGGCGCAUCUGCUUUUGAAAUACGACUUGACAUUCCCCCAGGGUCAGCGAAACUUGAAGUCGAUCGUUGUCGGGCAACAUCACAUGGCGCAUCCCAAAACGAGGAUUUUGAUCGCAAGCAGGAAGCCCGAAAUCGACAUUGACUGUUUGCCCGUAUGA